AUGUCACAACCUACUCCAACAAAAGCCAUUGUGCACAAACCCCCUCUAAGGAAAGAUGUAGAUAGACCAUCUGUCAUCCUCUACGGCGCCAUUCAAUCUGACCCAGCCAAAGACUGGCAAGGGUAUCUCACAGCUUCACUAUCCGACCUUCCUGUCGCUAUCCUAAACCCGCGUUGCGAUGCCUGGGACAGCACCUGGGUUGAGGAUAUCUCUUUUCCACCCUUCAAGGAGCAGGUCGAGUGGGAGAUGGAUCAUGCGCGCAAAGCGGAUAUCAUCGUUUUCUACUUUGCAGGCGACCCCAAAGUGUUGCAGCCGAUUACAUUGCUGGAACUGGGACUCUAUGCCGACACUGGAAAAGCGGUAGUUUACUGUCCAAAAGGCUUCUGGAAGCGAGGAAAUGUACAGAUAGUUUGCCAAAGGUACGGCAUUGAAAUGUGCGAGACAUUGGAAGAGCUGGGGAAGAACGUUAGAGCAAGGCUGAUGGCUAAACUCGAAAAUUAG